AUGCCACUUGACCAGAUACAGAAAAUCAACCUAAAACCAGACGGUACAAAAAUAUACCGCAUGAUACAAAGGAAGAUCCAUGAUAGCUCUGACCCACCUCAAUCCCUCACCAUGCGUGAUGCAAGCAGAGUCAUCCAGCCCCUGUUUUGUACAACGCACCAGCGAACUCCCCUCCCCGCGAUACAUGGUGCAAUUCCAACACCAUUGUUUAAUAGCGCUAAAAGUGCAUUUACCUACACUGCAUUUCCUCUCGACGGCGUUCCAAAAAUUCCAAAAGAUUACACAUAUCUAUGGUCUAGCUACAGACAUGUCCAAUCAUCUUCAAAUGAUGAAGCCAUCCUGUUCUAUGCUACUCUGAAUCCUAGUUAUGGACAAAGCACACUCCUACAUAAGACUAACCAUCCCAGCUUGCUUAUUCCAGACUCUGAAUUCUAG